AUGGAGGAUUGGGAAAAUGCACAUGAGGAAGUUAAGGAAGAAAUUAGCCAAGUGAAGGGUGAAAUCAGCCAAAUAAAGGAUCAAAUGGGUCAGAUCUUGGAGGCAUUGAGGACUAUGAAGAGUUCAGGAGAAAGUUCAGCAGUUGACGGUGGUACUUCAUACCCUCCAAGAUUUCAUCCUCAUGUAUCAAGUGGACCUUCGUGGACCUCCGAUUUACCCACCACAUCAUCAAGUUACACACCUCCAAUGGCAGAGUAUGUAGAGCAAGUUAAGAAUCCAUUUUCUGGUGGUAAUACAAGCAUACCUGUUUCAUCACCUAAUGAGCAAUUCCAAGUGUCAACCGGGAUGGCUGAUUUUAGGAACCAUGUACGCCCAGGGGAAAGUGUGGUUGGAAUCACAACCUAUACAGAUCCUAAUGUAUCGAUUCCACCACAUGUUUCGACUGUAGGUGUGGGUUUACAAGAAAAGACACUAGCUCAAGUGAUUUCAUCGAAUGAGAAUAACAAGGAAAAGUUAGAGAUAUUGGAGGAAAGACUACGGGCAAUUGAAAGGAAUAAAAGUUAUGGAUUUGGUGAUGUUGUAGGCUUAUCUUUGGUCCCUGACGUGGUGAUACCCCCUAAGUUCAAAGUGCUUGAGUUUGAGAAAUAUAGGCGGACUACGUGUCCAAAAAGCCAUAUAACAAUGUACUGUCGAAACAUGGCUGGCCAUACCCAUGAUGAUAAAUUAUUUAUCCACUUUUUCCAAGAUAGCCUAGCUGGGGCAGCGCUGAAUUGGUAUAUGCAUCUUGAGCUGACUCAUAUUCAUUCUUGGGUGGAUCUAGCUGAUGCUUUCAUAAAGCAAUAUAAAUUUAAUAUGAAUACAACACUAGAUAGAAUACAAUUCCAAAAUAUGACAAUGAAGAAAAAUGAAACUUUCAAAGAGUAUGCCCAAUGUUGGAGAGAGAUAUCUGCCCAGGUUGAGCCACCACUAUAUGAUAAGGAGAUGGUUACAAUGUUUGUGAAUACACUACAACCGCCAUUUUAUGAGCAUAUGAUUGGGAAUUGGAAUAUAUCUUCUAAUUUUGCAGACAUCAUCAUCAUCGGUGAAAGGAUUCAGACCGAGAUAAAAAAUGGUAAAAUUGCAUAUGCCCCGCUCGUGGCUGCAAAUACCAAAAAACCAAGUUUUAAUCAAAGUAAGAAAAAAGAAGUUGAAGUUCAUGCCGCAUCCGCAUGGGAUAACCGUACACCUGUUAAUUACCUAAUACAGCCUGUUUCAAACAAUCAGUUGCAACCUCAGAAAGCAGCUGCUAGUGAUAGUGAGAACCCUGGUCAAAAUACCAAUACAAGAAGGGAGAGGAAGUUUAUUCAUUUUACUCCCAUUCUUAUGACAUACAUAGAGUUGUUAUCGAUGCGUCUUCGGUGGUUGACAUUCAAAGAAGAUAAACCUAGUAUUGAAAAUAACCCUUUGUCGGGGCAUGAGAAGACUUCAACAAAUGCUAUUGAGGUAAGGGAGCAAAGUUUGGUGCCGAACAUUCUAUUAAGAUUGUGUGGAGUUCAAGCUGGAGUUGCAAAAGCUAGUUAA